AUGGAUACUGCCCCGACUGCCAAAUCGGAGCCGCCACCCAGUCAAGAGGCUCAGACUGUACGACCGCCAAUGAGACGCAUGCAUUCAGAUGAGACAGAGCGGCCAUCUUCAGCACAGCGCACGAAAGACGAGGUCAACGACGAAGCAGACGCUGCCGCUGAACAACAGUCGGAAGAUGAAGAGAGUGAUCCCGCAGAAAAAAUUGUCGAUUUUGAUUGGGAAGACCUAGAGGCGCGGUACCACGAUGCGAUGAAGACAUGCCACAACCAAGAGGACAUGCUAAUGCAAGAGUGGGACAAUCUCAUGAAUUACUUCCGCAUCUGGGCCUCGUCAGGAAAUGAGCACGAGACCGAGCGGACCUACGCAAGACUUCGCACACGCUCGACAUAUGUUCAGCACGAGGAAGCGGAAUUGGAGCAAAAGCGAAAUCAUUACAUCAAUGUAGUCAAAGCCUUCGAGAGUGCGCUCAACCUCCUCAAAGCCAGUGGCCUUGGUCGUUGA